GUGUGGGUGUUGGGCGGGAGGGCGAUGGACGAGUUCUUCUGAGUAAGAUGGCGACGGUCAGUUUACGGGUGGGAGAUCUGGUCUGGGGGAAGCUGGGUCGGUAUCCGCCCUGGCCCGGAAAGAUUGUUAAUCCACCCAAAGAUCUAAAGAAACCACGGGGGAAAAAAUGCUUCUUUGUAAAAUUCUUUGGAACUGAAGAUCAUGCAUGGAUCAAAGUAGACCAACUUAAAUCCUAUCACCUUCACAAGGAGGAAAUGAUGAAAUCUACCAAAGGGAAGCGGUUCCAACAGGCGGUGGAUGCAGUUGAGGAAUUUAUUAAAUCCAAGGUAUCAGCGUUUACCUCGUCAGAAGAUAAAAACAGGCACAUUUCAUCUGAUGGUAAAAGACAAAAUUGCUCCUCAGCAGAAAUUUCAGAGCACAGUACAAGGAAAAGGGGUCGACCACCGAAGGAAGAAAAGGAUGCUUUCCCUGAGCCAUCCACAGUGAAGAGGUUGGUUACGGGUCCAGUUGCAGGAUACAAAUGGAAGCAAGUAAAGGACGACCCUCACUUCCAUCACUUUCUGCUCAGUCAGUCUGAGAAGUCAGAGUCAUGUUCUGCUAUCAUUCAAAAACUAAAGACCACAGCAGAAGAGGAAGCAGAGUCAACAUCCAUCCAGGCAGCAGACAGUACAGCAACCAAUGGCAGUGUGACUCCUACGGACAAAAGGAUAGGCUUUUUGGGCCUAGGCUUAAUGGGAAGUGGAAUUGUUGCAAAUCUCUUGAAAAUGGGGCACACUGUCACAGUGUGGAAUCGCACAGGAGAAAAGUGCGACCCUUUCCUCCAGGAGGGGGCACGUUUGGGACGGACACCUGCAGAGGUUGUUUCUACGUGUGAUAUCACACUCUCUUGUAUUUCUGACCCAAAGGCAGCUAAAGAUCUGGUUCUGGGUCCCAGUGGGGUGCUGCAAGGGAUUCGACCAGGCAAAUGUUAUGUUGACAUGUCUACAGUGGAUCCUGAGACAUCCACAGAAAUCUCUCAGGUGAUCACUUCCAGAGGGGGGCGCUUUCUCGAAGCACCAGUCUCUGGGAAUCGGCAGCUAUCGGAAAAUGGAAUGCUGGUGAUCCUUGCUGCUGGAGAUAAGGCAUUAUUUGAUGAUUGUAGCAGCUGUUUUCAGGCCAUGGGGAAGAAGUCUUUCUAUUUGGGUGAGGUGGGCAAUGCGUCGAAGAUGAUGCUGAUUGUAAACAUGAUCCUGGGGAGUUUCAUGGCUUCUGUUGCUGAAGGAUUCACAUUGGCUAAAAUAGCCAGCCAAUCACAAGAAGUGUUGCUUUACAUCCUGAGUCAGGGACCUUUGGCAAGUGCUUUUUUGGACCAGAAGUGCCAAAAUAUUUUACAGGGAAACUUCAAGCCUGACUUCUUGUUGAGAAACAUACAAAAGGACCUCAGGUUAGCCAUUGCUAUGGGUGAUUCUGUCAAUCAUUCAACUCCAAUGGCUGCUGCGGCCAAUGAAGUGUUUAAGAAAGCGAAGGCGUUGGACCAGUCUGAAAAUGAUAUGUCUGCAAUAUACCUGGCCUGCAACCAGUGACCACCACAAUGUUUUAAUUGUUUCCUUUUAAAUUCGGGGCCAUUUACUUUGGUUUUUAUGUUUCCAUUAUCAGUAACUGCUCUAAUUUACCACACUGGCCAUUGUAUAUUGAUUUCCUCUGGCAACUGAGAAUGAUAAUGGUCCAGGCCCAGCCAGAUCUCAUUAACACACUGGCACAUGGCACCUCUGAGACUGUGAAAUAAGCAUGUGCCGACCAGCUGCUGCUUUUCUUUCGGUUGUAAUUUUGUUAGGAUGGUGUUAAGAAGUUAUUGAAAGAUGGGUUGUUGACAAAGGUGUAUGUUUGUGUUAACCCUUUACAGUUGUUUUUACUGAUUUUGUUAAGUACCUCCUGAUGUGUUAACUGCUGAUACAAGCCCGGUUCUGGUACGGCCAGUCACCAGAUCGACACUAUUAUAUCACCAAGGCGUAAGUGACAAAAGUACAAGAUCCAUGAAUCAAUCUCGAGUACUGCUGAGAAGAAUGGGGUAAAUAAACAGUUUCAGGCCUGUGCUGUGGUGAUAUUGCAGUGAAUUUUAUACUCUGGUUACCUUGGUGAUGCCAGUGUGGGUUGUGUAUGUAUAUACAUAUAUAUAUCAGAAUGUCAGGUAUUGUUCUUCUGUUCAAAAUGAAAUAUUUUACUGAAUUGGUGUCCUGCUUAAUGUUUGCCAUGUGGUUUGUAGCUGAGGGAAAAGUAUUUGCUGAGGCAGGAAGGGAGGAGGGGGAAUAAAAACACAAAUCGCACUGGAAGAAAGUCUGCACACUUUCUGAACAAGUCCAGUUAUUACUUUUUUGUUUUGGAAGUUAUAAACCUGUAAUGAUCUUUUUGUGACUUUAGAAAACUUUUCCCAAGAGGAAAUUUAUUUUGCUGCCUUGUAAGAAAAAAAAAGCUGCCCCUUUUUUUAGUACUCAGAGUUAUUAAUGAGUUUUCUGUCAAACUGACCUUAGUUCUUCUUGAUGCCAAAUGUUUUGGGACCCUCUAAGACUGUUGCAGUAUUAAACCAGUAUAUGCUGGAGAGAUUUGAGUUAAUUUCUUUUUCUGUGCAUAACUUGCUCCCAACCCCAUCCUGUACAUUACACCAUUUAUACAAUUUCUGUAUUCAGUGCAUGAUUGUACUCGACCAACAGUUAUAGGUUUUUCUUUAAAUUUGUAUUUAUUUACCUUCCUAGAUUCUAAAGUAUUUUUUUCAUUUGCCCACAUACUUAUUUAAAAAUAAAAAUUAUGCAAACCUGUCAAUUGUGUUUUAGGCCCAUAUUCCUCAUGGGUCUUUGUGCUGAUUAUACGCAGAUGUAGAUCCAACUUGGGAAUGUAAAUUGGACGUGGCUCCAGUUACUUUUAAUUGCUUUUACGUUACCGACACCUUAUUGUUGCAUGGAGUGGGUGUGGAAUGUAAUCUUGGUCACUUUAUAAGGCAUGUGAUCACUUUUGGCUACACCAAAGCAUGAUGGUCAAAUGUUUAAUAUGACCAUCCAUUGGACCUAAAGAUGGGUCAAAUUCCAUUAAGCAGCUUUUAAUGAAUAUGUAAGAGUGGCCAAAUUUGAUUGGAAUUGGCCCGUGGAUUUCUGACUGGAACAAGGGUCACUAAAAUCAGAAAAAUUAAUCUAAAAUGCAUGCACACCCCUGAUUGUCAGCAGCCCAUUGAGGCUGUGCCUGUAUUAUUAUGGUUUGCUAUUCUUGCCUGUGAAAUAAUUUACAGAAAUAUCAGUUGCCAUUAAACAAGUAUAACUUCUGCCUUUGCGUGGACUCUCUAUCUUGCAUGCUCUGAAAUAAGAGUUUGCCCUCGUGUACAGUGAGAAUGGAAUCUAUUUGAUAGCUUUGUUGUGGUUCUAUUCACAAGUAGAAUAUUUAAGUAAAAUGUACAAAUGGCCUCUUCAGAACUUGUCAUCAUCCCAUGGUUCAGACUUCUGUCACUUUAUCGAACUUGGAAACCCUCAAGAUAAAUGUGCUGUACGCAAUAGUUGGGCAGAUGCUGGUGCACAUGAAGGACUAUGCUUAAUUCAAGGCCACAAUUGCUGAGGUUUUGUGGAUACUGCUAACCAGUCUGACCAAAUAUAUAAACAGCAGAAACUCUUCAGUUUGCUUGUCCUGUAAGAUCAUUGUGGUAUCUCUAUUUUUUAAAGAAGAAACUGGAUUAUGGCACAGUUCACCAUGGAGCGCUGUACCAGCUCUUUCAUUCAGGCUAAACACUUUAUUGUAAAAUGCAGAGGAUCAUGAGACUACAGUACAUCUCUGCAUUAAAGAUUGUGACUAGAACCACUUUUUUUGUAAGAAUUGAUAAGACUUUGAAGUCAUUCCUGUAUGUAGGUAUGCAUACAGGAAUGAAAGAAUCUAAUUUCUAGAUGUAUCAAAAAUGUUGGCUUACAAUCACUAACAGCCUUUUACAUCCUUCUAUUUGUUGUAACUUAACUUUCAGAAGGAGAAUUUAUUUAAUUAUGAUUUAAUUGAUUCCUGAAUAAUUUUCUUGCACAAAACCAUUACUGUGCUUCCACUUUGCAUCAAAGGUUUGUUUGCUUGAGUUAUUAAACUAUUGCCUUGCAAUGCACAGAGUGGCCUGUAUCUGUGAUAGAGAAUGGUGCAUAUCCAGUGCUAUAGUUUCACAAAAAUAACCUGUACUCAUUUUUAAGAAAAAAAAUCUACCUGUAAAUGCUGCUUCCACUGCUAAAUACACCCCCCGCAAAAUACAGUAAUGCCAUUCAGGUUCACAAGUCAUUGUUUAGUUAACAUUUAUUGGGUAGGAUUUGUAUCAAGGUUAUUUAAUACAGAACUACAGUUUCACCCUCCAAAACACCGGUUAAUUUGUGACAUUAUCACUGGCUAACAUUCUGCAAAGGUUUUGAGUAAAUGACUACAGAUAAAACCUGAAUGCUGUAAAAGAACACUUGCGUACACAAACUACUGUGGUAUUUUUGUGAAUUUAUUGUACCUUUUUUCUUGCUCCAUGUAGCCUGAAUUUAAAGUUGCAUCCAAAGUACACAAUAUCCUGUCAUUGCAUUUUUAUAUUGCUUAUGGUAUUUCAUUUUAAGAUCAAUAUUGCAGAAAUUGGCUACUAUUUUUAUGGAUCCAUAACAAAGUUAUUUUGUUAUGUACAAAAUUGUAUACAAUUUGUCAAAUGAGUAUUCUGAAGUGUAGUGAAUAUUUUUUUUAAUGUAUUAAGUUCAGUCUAGCUUGGUCAAUAAAUGCUGUUAUUGUUCAGGAAA